CAUCGAUGUACUAUGGGUGCAAAUGCAAUAGGAAUUGUCUAAUAACAUACAGUCAGCCUUAUAGCAGAGAUGGAAAGGUUGCAGCUGAUGCAGUGGAAUCUGGGUUUUCAAGGGAGCGUGGAAAAAAUGUUAAAAUCUGGGGAAACGUAAAAUAAGGGCAACGUGUUCAGGCCGCGUUUUGAAAGAAUCUGUUUUUUUUUUAAUCUAUAACAGUGUUACUUGCUGAGUUUUUUCACAUGCUUUAGCAGUACAGUAAAGAAAUAUCACCACUAUCUUUCUCUAUUCGCUAAUCACGGUCUUGUGCCCCGGUCCCUUUCUCCUCUUUCAGUGUCUUCCCCCCGCCCCUCCCUCCUUCUUCAACACAGCAGCCUAUUCACUUGCCAUGUUUUCUUGCCCCGGUCCCUUUAACCAGGCUACUUCUAAAUUCGGUGUUUGACUGUAUGUACUCUGUUUUAUAACCACAUGGGGUUUUGGGCACGACUGGAAGCCAUAUUGCGGGGCCUGGCACAUCCCAGCAUCCUGCAUCAUGGUCCUCCUUCCCGGAGACCUUUAGAUGAGAGCAUCCCUUCUUCCUAGCAAAGGGGAGGGAGGAGGAGGAAUGGUCCAAGGUCUGUGUGAUCUGUUUUCGCUCUGAGGCUACCAUGGGCCACUGAGGCUGCUGCCAGCGGAGUCGUGCUAGCCUGGGGAAUUCUCUGAGUCACCCCUUCACUGACAUAGAGAAAAAGAGGAAAGGAGGAGCAGAGAUGGAGCUUGAGGUUUAUGCCCAUGCAGGAAGCAUCUUGCUGCUGGUGCUACUACCCUCCUUGCUGCCAGUCACCGGGCAAGACGCAAUCAAGUUACCCCUGAAGAACUGCCCUGGAACCUGCUCACCCCUGGGAUACAGAGCCAAGCGUUCAGCGGAGAAAGGCACCGAGCAGGACACCAGUUUCCUGGAUAUGAUAGACAACCUCAGGGGAAAGUCUGGCCAAGGGUAUUAUGUGGAAAUGAGGAUGGGCACUCCACCACAGACGCUAAAUAUUUUAGUGGAUACUGGUAGCAGUAAUUUUGCUGUGGGCGCUGCUCCUCACCCCUUCCUAAAGAGAUAUUAUCACCGCCAACGCUCUAGAACAUACAGAGAUGUUCGAAAAGGGGUGUAUGUUCCAUACACCCAGGGGAAGUGGGAAGGUGAGCUAGGCACAGAUCUGGUGACUAUUCCACAUGGCCCCAACGUUACAGUCACUGCAAACAUUGCUGCCAUCACUGAUUCAGACAAAUUCUUCAUAAAUGGAUCUAACUGGGAGGGUAUCCUUGGGCUUGCAUAUGCUGAAAUUGCAAGGCCGGACGACACCCUAGAACCAUUCUUUGACUCCCUUGUGAAGCAGACCAGAGUACCUAAUAUGUUCUCACUUCAGUUGUGUGGAACAGGAUUCCACUUUAAUGAAAGUGACACAAGUGCCUCUGUGGGGGGAAGCAUGGUAAUUGGCGGCAUUGAUCCAUCUCUGUAUAUUGGCAGUAUUUGGUACACACCAAUUAGAAAGGAGUGGUACUACGAAGUCAUCAUAGUGAAAAUUGAAAUCAACGGGCAGGACCUACACAUGGACUGUAAAGAGUACAAUUAUGAUAAAAGCAUUGUAGAUAGCGGCACCACGAACCUGCGUCUGCCAAAGAGAGUGUUCGAUGCAGCUGUAAAAUCCAUUAAAGCAGCAUCCUCGACUGAAAAAUUUCCGGAUGGCUUCUGGUUGGGGGAGCAGUUGGUGUGCUGGCAGGAGGGCACCACCCCAUGGCACAUAUUCCCCGUAAUCUCUUUAUACCUAAUGGGCGAGGUUGCUAAUCAGUCUUUCAAGAUCACAAUCUUGCCACAGCAAUAUUUGCGUCCAGUGGAAGACAUUGCCACAGCUCAGGAAGAUUGCUACAAGUUUGCCGUGUCCCAGUCCACCACGGGAACUGUCAUGGGUGCUGUCAUUAUGGAGGGCUUUUAUGUAGUGUUUGACCGUGCUAAUAAACGCAUCGGAUUUGCUGUUAGCACCUGCCAUGUGCACGACUAUUACCGUACGGCUUCUGUGGAAGGCCCAUUUUUUGAGACUGACCUUGAGGACUGUGGUUACAACACCCCGCAGUUGGAUGAAUCAGCAUUGAUGACGACAGCUUAUGUGAUGGCCGGUGUCUGUGCGCUCUUCAUGCUUCCUCUCUGCCUCAUGCUAUUUCAGUGGCGCUGCUUCCGCUGCUUAAAACGGGCAAGAGACGAUUUGGCCGACGACAUCUCUUUGCUGAAGUGAACAGUUUCUGUCUCCCGUGCAUUUGAUGACCUAAUUGAAUGGGACCUGUACAACCUGAGCACCGUCCACAAAUGCAAUUCUAACAGGAACGCUCGACUGGUGCAAUAGGAAGGUAGCGAGACAGAUAACGUGAGAUGUACCAGAGCAGACCGAUAAACUGCCUUUUACUCCUAAGCAACUAAUUGAUUUAAAAGGCAUUUUGAUGCAAAAAAAGUUUGAAAAAUAUGAAGCCAUAUUGCAAAUAACAUGCAUUUUCCCAAGGGCACGUUUACAGUGCUGCUUUUAGGGAUCAUCUUCUUUAUUCUCUUAAUGCUACUAACAGCAACACACAGACAGAGCUAUAUGAAUGAGGUUAAUGUACGACAUAUUUAAAGGGGAACUAUCCCGAAAAUGAAAAUUUUAUUAUAAGCUUCCUCAUACUGAAGUAAGAUACUUUCUAAA